AUGGAAUUUAUGAAAAGAUGGAUGUCAAAUCAUUGGCAAGACUCGAGGACGAUACUAAAGAAACCAUUGGUAAUCGCAGAAUUCGGAAAGUCCAGCAAAGAUCCAGGAUACAGUUUAAACAGAAGGGACUGGUACAUGAGUUCUAUAAAUACAAACAUCUACAACUUGGCAAGAAGUGGAGGAACCGUUGGUGGGGCCUUGGUUUGGCAGCUGAUGGCAAAAGGGAUGGAUUCUUACGAUGAUGGGUACCAGAUUAUCUUAUCAGAAAAUCCUUCUACUGAUGGAGUCAUUUAUAGACAAUGUCGUGCAAUGGCAGCUUUAUCUCAUAUUUAUGGUUUCAGCCAUUGGCCACGCAAUGCAAAGCAUGGUCAUCCAUAUGGUCGACGUCCCGUAAACAAUGAAAUGUACAACUUAACAUUACAAUUAUCAUCGCACUAG